AUGGCUGAGUUCCGCAAGAAAGAACACAGAGAAGAAAGUCCCAAAAUGACCCAGAACGACACGAAUCCACCUUCCACACAGAACCGAGAUACCACACGAGACACCAGUCAACACACAGAACCGGGAACCACACACAGAGAUCCAGCUUCAACACUAACAGAACCUGGUGAGACCAACACACACAGAGACCAGCCUUCAACACUACAGAACCUGCCACACACACAGAGACCAGCCUUCAACACUACAGAACCUGUAGACUCCUGCGGUGUAACUCCAGUCCCCACGUCCGUGUCCCACCUGUCCAGCUCCCUGAGCCAGCACCUCUCCUUCCCCCUGCGUGCCUCCCUGCCCCCCCCUAGCUCCCUACAGCCUGGUCUCCAACCCGUCCCCGUGCUGCCCGCCGGGCCCCCUGCUGAGUAUCACUCUGACUCUGCAGAGUCCCUGGAGGAGAUCCCCGUGGCGCUGGCUCGACUGGGCACCUCCGCCAUGGCAGGAACGUCUACGGGUAGGACCGCUGCUGCUGCUGGAUCGUCUUCUCAACGCUCUCUACUGCUGCCUACAGCCCGAACCCAUCCCUCGCCCCAGCCCCGGACCAAGAGGAAGGCCUCCACACACAGCAGCAGGACAGGGGGAGSGGGGGAGCAGAGGUUUGAGAUGGCCGCCCAGCCUCCUACGGUCUACGUUAGUAGGAGUAGUGGACAGCCGGGGGGYGGAGUCCAGCACCGGGACAACAAACKCAGKYGCAGGCAGGCCAGUAGGAGAGGCCUGGAGCAGCCUGGUCCUGGGCCCAGCUCCAACCAUAGCUCCAGGGCAGGCACCCCGAUGGCGUAGACUAGCUCCUCCAGGAUGGACCACUGCACCCUGGGCUGGGCUGGACCCACCACUGGGUCC